UCCAUUUUUUGCAAUCUAUAUGAAUCUUUUUCAUUCAGCCUGUAAACAAUCACUAGAACAGAACUAUAAGACAAUCAUAAAUACACUACUAGGUUCGUAAAGUGGACACAAAAACCGCGGUUGAUGUAAAAUGAAUGUAUUACGAACUAAAUUUUUAGCGACAUGACAUAAAUUUAAGAAAAUAAUUUAAUUCAAUAUAACCUCAUUUAAGUAUUUUACUUCGUUUCGUCUCAACGAUGACCGGCGGCUAAGCUCGUUAAACUGGUAGAUAAUAAAUAAGCCAACCGAUUACUGAAUAUAUCUUACGUGUUCGGUCUCCAUGGAUUUUAUAAAAAAUAGGUUAAGUGCUUUGUUUGGGCCAUCAUUAAAACAUCCAUUUGCAAAGUUUAAUGUUUCUCAAAGACUCAGAGACUAGUAGAUAAAGAAUUGAUUAACUACAACAUGCUCUAAGGAAUCGUUAACGAACACUGGAAUCGGUAACUUGGUAAAAGAUGUUGGGGGCAGCCGACAGUUGAUAAACAACGAUAGACCGCGGGCUUAGGCAAGCCGCCGAAGAAAGGGCGCGAUGCUAUCGAAUUUCAUAGAAACAGAAAACGCAGUUCGCUUGCAUCGGUCACAAACUGAACAGGAAAGCUGCUGCACACAGUACUUCCGCGUUGCUACAUCCAGUGACCACUUAUUGGUGAAUUGAAUCCGGGCCUAAAAGGGAGAGAACACAUCAGCUGUUUCGCGUGACGAUUCCUGGCUGCAUAUUGUUCUUCAUAAAAAGGCGAAAUGCCGUUUCAUGUGUACCGCGAUAUAGCUGGAUGGCAGUCUCAGAACCUUCCAAUUACAACAACAAGCAAUGAAGCAUCAAGGAUGUUCGACUCUUGUAUAUCGCAGUUUAUUGCGUGGAGGGAGGACGAAUAUGGUCUGGGCACGGCGAUGGAAAAAAUGGUGUCAGCCGAUCCCGAAUUCGUCUUAGGCAAGGUGCUCGUUCACACUCUGAAUCUGAUUGGCACAGGUGAUUCCGGGAAAAAAAAUCCAAAGAUCAUCGAGGAACUCAAAUUUUUACGCGGCAUUGCCAAAAUUCAAGGUGUAAGCGAACGUGAGAGGCUGCACCUUGAGGCAGCCUUGCGUCUAGCUGAGGGUAGCAUGCAUACUGCCUGCGAGGUUUGGGAGAAGAUCCUUCAGAGUCACCCAACGGAUAUGCUGGCUAUAAAGGCUGCACAUGACUGUUAUUUCUACCUCGGCAAACAACAGGAUAUGCGCACCUCGAUUGAGAGAGUUAUGCCGAAGUGGAAAACAGACCUUCCUCUGUACAGCUACCUUUACGGUAUGCAAGCAUUUGGGUUAUGUGAAACCGGCUCUUAUGAAAAGGCAUCACAAAUGGCACUUCGGGGCUUAGAGCUUAAUCGGAAUGACGCGUGGGCAACGCACGCCAACGCGCACGUGUUCGAGAUGACUACACAGCCCAGUCAAGGAAUAUCGUUCAUGUCUCGAACGGUUGCAGAUUGGCAGCCAUGCGGCCUCUUGGCAUGUCAUAAUUUCUGGCACUGGGCACUGUAUCACAUUGAAAAAGGAGAAACUGAGGCAGCCAUCGACCUUUUUGAUUCAGAGGUUGAGAAGCGUUGCGGAAGCGGCUCUAUGCUGGAUUACGUCGACGGCGCCAGUCUAUUAUAUAGACUCGAACUUGAAGGAAUCAACGUUGGGCGGAGAUGGACCUCACUGUAUGCGGUUACCAAAGAGCACCUGUAUGACCACAUUCUAGUAUUCAACGAUGCUCACUUUGCCAUGACCCUUCUUGGACUUAAAGAUAAAGAACACUUCAAUAAGUUCCAGGGGUCCUUGAAUUCCGUUGAGGAUGUGGCAGAAAUAGAUAAUACGAAGAUAACUACGCUGUUUGGUAAAAAACUUAUCCAAGCAAUGAAAGACUACAGUGAAGGCAACUUCGAUGCAUGCGCUUCGGUGCUGAUUCCUCUUGAGUCUCAGCUGGUGCAGAUGGGGGGAUCAGACGCUCAACGAGAUGUUUUUAAUUUGUUGCUGUUAAACGCGGCUAUUCGUAGUCACAACCACCAAGAAGAUGCGAAGAAGCUCCUCGACUGCCGCGCGGCUGUGCGGAGAGCUUCGCCCAUGGUUAACCGGCUGAAGAAACGUCUGGUGCCUUAAACAUUCACAUUCUUAAGAUUAAAUUUCAAAUGAAGGAAUCGAUCCCUAAUAGCACUAUUACUGCGGUGUAGUGCGUUACGAACUAUGAAAAAGCGUCUUAAAAAUUAUUAUGAAGUUCUUAGAAAACCUAAUUACACAUUACUGGAGCCUUUUGGCUAAGGAACAACAUGGUGAUCCUGUUAUCGGUUGGUAUAAACGGUUCCAACAAUUAAGCUUUUAUCUAGACUGUGCUUGAGAAAAUCAUAAUCGAUACUAUGAAAACACACUGAAUUUAAUUGAUAUCAGAAAUAAAAUAAAAAAGGAGGCA